ACAGUCAUAGAUGCCCAUAUCUUUCCAGCGCUUAUAAAUAUUUUGCAAACAGCUGAGUUUCGGACAAGGAAGGAAGCUGCUUGGGCAAUCACGAAUGCAACAUCUGGAGGCUCUGCUGAACAGAUCAAGUAUUUAGUAGAACUGGGAUGCAUCAAACCACUCUGCGACCUCCUUACAGUAAUGGACUCAAAGAUUGUGCAAGUAGCACUGAAUGGGCUGGAGAACAUCCUGAGGCUUGGAGAGCAGGAAUCCAAACGCAGUGGCACCGGCAUUAAUCCUUACUGCGCUCUUAUCGAAGAAGCGUAUGGCCUGGACAAGAUUGAAUUCCUGCAGAGCCAUGAGAAUCAAGAGAUUUAUCAGAAGGCCUUUGAUCUGAUUGAGCACUACUUUGGAACAGAGGACGAAGACAGCAGCAUUGCCCCACAGGUGGAUAUCAGCCAGCAGCAGUACAUCUUCCAGCAGUGCGAGGCUCCCAUGGAAGGCUUCCAGCUCUGAGGUGCCCCCAUGCUGUGUGCUCCUCUACCUAGCCAGUCCUGUUGUCGAGCCACAAGCCACCCGUGGAGUGAUUCUCUCAAUGUUUUCCAUAACCCUGUUUGCGCUCAUUCGCUCGCCUUGUGCACAUGCUCUUACAUACGUCUGGAAAACUUUUGGCUCUCCGUGGCAGGAUGCCUCCUCCUUGGCAAGGGGUCACCAGAAUCGCCUCUAGAUUCUCUAGAUUCUGAACCUCUCCACUGUCAUCUUCAUGGAGUCGAGGCGCCUUUCUAUACUUUGAGAUAUUCCCUGCUCCUAUUACAGGAAAAAUAAUCCCUCCUCCACUAGUGCCCGCACUCCUGGCAUCCAAGAUAAGGCAGCCUUUCUCUUGUAUUUGCUGCAGUGUGUGCCUGCAGUCCAGGGAGACAUUCAGACUUUCUGAGAACGUAGCUGAGCUCAUUCCUCCUGUUUUUCCCUGGAUGCCUCUUUGGAUGGCUGCGUGAGAUGCGUUAAAUUUUCACAUGCAAUGUGUCUACUUUGCUGGGGUUAUUGGCAUACGGAACAUGUUACAAAUAAUGAAUGAAGGUCUCUAUC